AUGGCAACGCUCAAAUACGCCGAUAAGCUCGCCGACACGACCGUGCUGAUCAUCGGCGGCACAUCCGGGCUUGGUUUCGGCCUGGCAGAGGCGCUGCUCGAACACCGUGUCGCAAAACUGUACAUCUCGUCGUCGCGACAGCAAAGGGUCGACGCGGCCGUGUCGCGGCUCAAGUCCGCCUACCCAGACUCCAAAACCAGCAUCACGGGCCUGGCGUGCAAUCUCGGCGACGAGGCCAAACUUGAAGCCAAUAUUAAGGACUUGUUCUCGCAGAUUGGCGGAAAACUCGACCACGUCGUCUUCACCGCCGGGGACCCCCUUGCGGCCAAACCCUUCGGGGAAGUCGAUUUCGCGUUCAUGAAGCAGGCGGGGAUGGUGCGGUUCUUUGCACCGUUUUUUGUCGCAAAGGAGGCGGUCCCUUAUUUGACGGCGGGACCCGCGAGUUCUAUCACCUUGACCACGGGGUCGGUCUCGGAGAAGCCGCUGCCGAACUGGGCCGUCGUGUCCUCCUACGCGAGCGGGUUGUAUGGCAUGACCCGCUCUCUCGCUCUUGAUCUCAAGCCCGUGCGCGUCAACCUCAUCUCGCCGGGGGGCGUGGACACGGAGCUCUGGGAAAACACUCUCGGCGACAAGGAAAAGGUCGCUGCCGCGCUGGAAGGGAUGAAAGCACACGUCGCAACGGGGGAGGUGGGCAAGGUCGAGGACGUGGUUGAGGCGUUCCUGUACGUGCUCAAGGACAAGAAUGUCACGGGCACGUGCAUUAGGAGUGAUGGGGGCGUCUUUUUGAUGUGA